AUGAAUCAAGACAGUGACGAAGAGAAUAACCCUGAUGCAUCAGAAGAUUUUCUGCUGAAGCGCAAACGUGGGCGGCCGAGGAAACAUCCAAAACAUUGUCUAAAUCUGGGGGAAGAUGGUCAGACUCCAUGGAAUCAGAACCCGAACUAUGCAGAGAUUACCCGUAUCCCACCUGGAUUUCAAAGGCUGAAUGGCAACCGAUCACAUCAAGCAAAUCCAGUCAAUGAUGAUAUAAUGGUUGGUCAGGCUGUUAGUGGUGUUAUCGAUUCAGCAUUUUAUGCAGGAUAUUUGCUUACUGUUAGGGUUGGUGGCUCUGACACAACUUUAAGGGCUGUGGUUUUCAAGCCUGGGCGUUAUGUUCCUGUUUCAGCUGAGAAUGACGUGGCUCCGAAUCUCCAAAUGAUUAGAAGAAACGAGAUUACCUUCCCACGCGAGAGGAAUGGAACAGCUCAUCAAGUCAAUGGGCCAGCUCUUGCCAACCAGGUGACACGAGCCCGGGCUUCGAAUAUUGGAGCCUUAAAAAGCAAGCAUGUGCAGUCGGGGGCAACACAAUAUGUUUCUCCGCUAUUGUCCAGGGGCACGGUGGUGCCUGUUUUGCUCCAACUUGCUAGUUUAUCAAAUGGAAAAGUUGCCAGCCAACAGUUAAGCCAACCUCCUCAUUUGGCAGCCUCUAAAGGCAAACAAGUAUCUGGAGCUUCAGAUACGGCAGACGAAAAGUCCGUCAACCUGAUGCCAACUGUUGUAAACCAAAUAUUCCCUACUCAACCUCGAAGUAGUAACCACACCGUUCUGAAAGGCAUACAAAGUGAAACUGUUCCAUACAGUCAACUCCCAACUGAAGGUCUACGGGAUAAAGACCCUAAGGUUGCCCUUUGA